AUGCCGGUCAAGUGCCUGGAAAUGAUGGUUAGUCAGUUCUACACUGCACCUUUCCCGGCAAUCCCGAACCCACAUCUUCAAGCCGUCUAUGCACCUGUGUUGAAACAGCUCAUCCUGUACUGGAAAUAUCCUCUUGAGGAACAUUAUGUCAUUACAAAAGAUGGCUAUAUUCUCAACUUAUUCAGAAUUCCACAUGGCAGAGAAAACAACAAAACUACAAGUCCAAAGUGAGUAGUAUUUCUACAGCAUGGCUUGCUGGUGGAUGCUGCCAAUUGGUACCAAAAUUUUCCUCAUAAUAGUCUGGCUUUCAUGCUAGCAGACGCUGGAUAUGAUGUCUGGCUAGGAAAUAGCCAAGGGAAUACCUGGUCCAAGAAUCACACAUCUCUUUCUCCCUUCUUUGGGAAGUUUUGGAAAUUCAGAACAGCCAUCAACAGUGGUAAACGUCAGGCUUACGACUAUGGAAGGUUUGGAAAUAAAUUUCAUUAUGAACAGGAUUUGCCUCCUGAAUACAAUAUAUCAGCUAUGACUGUACCAACGGCAAUUUGGAAUGGUGGAAAUGAUUGGCUUUCUGACCCUGAUGAUGUUAAUCAAUUAAUCCCCCAAAUUCAAAACCUUAUUUCCCACAAAUUUAUUCCUCAGUGGAACCAUCUGGAUUUUAUGUAUGGUAUAGAUGCACCUGAUCAAUUGUAUUAUGAAAUAUUGGACUUACUACAGAGGAAUCCUUGA